AUGAUUGUCGAAACCAUUACAAUACCGCAGACUCUGCACCUGAAACCGGUACCCCUGACUCGGGCCGCCUUUUCUCCCUAUGGCGACGUCCUGACCAACCCAUCGCCAAAGUCGCUACCGCACAACACGCCAGCCGACACCAUUGCCGCCGGCCAGCUCCCCUGCGGCGCCGUCUCGGCCAACCAAGGCUCCGCCAUCCAGUACCGCCAACUCGGCGUCGUCCGCGACCUGUACCCGCAGGCGGUGAGCGGCCAGGCCGCCACGCCGCGCGUCACCAUGUUUGUCUCGGGGGCCCGGGACGAGGUCCUGCGCACGGGAGCGUUCCAGGUCAAGAUUCUGGAGCGUCACCCUUUCACCACGCAGACUUUUGCGCCGCUGAGCGGCGACGGGGAGUCCACGCGGUACUUGGUCAUUGUGGCACCGACGCUGCCGUCGAGUAGUGGUAGUGACGAAAAGUUGCCCGCCCCCGCCGAGGCCACUGAUGGCAAGGGCGCGCUGCCCGGACGCGGGUUCCCGGAUCUCACCCGGGUCCAGGCCUUUAUUGCUACUGGUCGACAGGCCGUGACCUAUGGCGCCGGCACGUGGCAUGCGCCCAUGGUGGCGCUCGGGGAAGCUGGUACCGCUAUUGAUUUCGUCGUGACGCAGUUUGCUAAUGAUGUGCCGGUGGAGGAUUGCCAAGAGGUUGUGCUCGAGGGCGGCUCAGCCAAGAAUAGCAUCACGGUUAGACUAGGUUCGGAAGCUAGGUUAUCAAAGUUAUAA